ACUUACACUUCAAAACGACACUGCCCUCUGUUUUAAUUGUUCCUCCUGUUUUAGAACAACACCAAUCCAUAUUCAAUUGGAGCAAUCAAGUCAACAUAUAUAUGUAUAUAUAUAGUAGUGUUGAAAGUGAUCUGUAGUGAUAGCAAGCAAGCAUGAUACUGGUGGCAAUAGUAGCGGAGCUGCUGGAAGAGUACACGGUGGUGGUGGCGCGUGUGCUGGAGCACGUGCUGCAAGACGCGCCGCUGCCGUUUCCACGCCGGGUUCGUUUCCUCAUUCUUCGUAAUCUGCCUUUCGCUUCUCCGCCGUCUCUCCCAUUCCGCCUUCCACACACAUAGCUACUACACUUUUGUAUGUAUAUAAGUGUAGUGUUUUGUGUACACUUCUCUUCUUCUUUUUUUUCCUUUUGGAAAUAAACAUAGCUAGUUUGAGAGUUGAA